CGGGGAGCGCACCUGGCUGGGCUGGAGUGGAUGCGCGUGGCUCAGGGCGGGCCACUCGCGACAGGUCAGGUGCCACUCUCCUUGCGGACGUCCGCACAGGAUGGACCAGGUGGUUUUCAGCUAUGUAACGUCUUCCGCUCCAACGCCAUGGAAAUAGACCAGUGUCUGCUGGAGUCCCUGUCCCCAAGCCAGCGCCAGCGCCUAGUGAAGCGACUGCGCAGCGACCAGGUCCGGGCUUACUAUGAACGCGAGAAGUCCUCACCUGCAAUAUACCAAGGCCAGUCUGAAAAGAAGAAGGUGCCAAAGAUCCGUUUUCACGCUUGCGACAUUCUCCAGGAUGCCAUUGUGCACCAUGAUCAUAAAGAAGUCCUGCGGCUGCUGAAGGACGGAGCUGACCUCAAUACUGCCAUUCCCUCCGGAGGCUCCUUGCUGCAUCUGUGUGCUCGCCAUGAUAAUAGUGUGGUCUCUGAGCUGCUCAUCAACAUGGGACUCAAUGUGGACAGGCAAGAUGAGGAGCUGUGGACGGCAUUGCAUGUGGCCUGUGCCUGCGACAGCCCGGAAACUGUACUGCUACUGUUGGUGGCUGGGGCCAAUUUGUGGCUGCAGGACAUCAAUGGAAAAGUUCCACUGGACUACGCUGUGGAAGGAACUGAGACCAGCUACAUUCUCCUCAAGUACCUUGAGGAAAAGGGUGUGGAUGUGAGCACCCUUUGGCACGUGAAAACACAACGGCUUUCAGAUGUGCUGUCAGGUGUCCAUCAGCUUGUAGCUGCUGGGGAAAAUGUCCAUCAGAGCAGCAGUGAGGGGGUCACCAUGCUGCGAACAGCUUCUACCUGUGGCUAUACGGAGGUCAUGUCCCAGCUUCUGGAAAGUGGAGCCAGCACGAAGGUAGCAGGCAGCAGCUCCUCACCUCCUCUGCAGCUGGCUGUGAAAAAUGGACACAUAACCCUGAUUCAGACUCAGAUCAAUCAGAAUAAGACGGAGACCGAUAUUGCGGAUCAGCUGCUGAGGCAGGGGAUGAACCCUGUCCCUCUCGACUGUGACAAAGCGAAACCUUCAGAUAUCGCUGUUCUGGACUGCAUCGCAGGCGCACUCCAGAAGGCGGAGGAAUGUUGGGAACAGAGACAGGAGGUUCCAUCGUCUUCGUCCGACAAGUGGUGUGAGAGACUGGUCCCUGCCCUGCCCACUCUGAACAGGAAACUGUAUAACCUUACUUUCCCCAUCUAUAAACGGGACACCAUCCAAGAGAAGAGUACCAUGUUCCCUGACCAUUCUAUGACCCGACCAGCUUCUCGGUCCCAUGCCACUGUUUGCCCCAUGGCCAUGAGUGCAGGCAAGCUGGAACAGGUGAAGCUUAUGCCUCCAGCACCCAACGACGACCUGGCCUCACUCAGUGAACUGACUGACAGCAGCCUUCUGUACGAAAUGCAGAAGCGCUUCGGGAACGACCAGAUCUACACCUACAUUGGACAUAUUCUUUUGCUUGUCAACCCCAACAAAGAGCUUCCCAUUUACUCCACACUGGUCAGCCAGCUGUACCUGAGCCGCAGCGGCCGCCCCAGCCCCUCGCUGCCCCCACACAUUUUCUCCUCCGCAGAGAGAGCCUUCCACACGAUGCUGGGCGAGCGCCGGCCGCAGUGCUUUGUCCUAAGUGGAGAAAGCGGUUCGGGGAAGACGGUUGCCUGUCAGCACAUUGUCCAGCAUCUAAUGGCUCGCUCCGGUCCCGUCAGCCUUGCCCUGGACUCCAGGAUACAGCAUGCAAAUUGCAUCCUUGAAGCGUUUGGUCAUGCAAGAACGGAAAUGAACAACAACUCCAGUCGAUUCAUUAAGUUCCUUUCGCUGCAGUAUUCUGAGAAGACACUGAUUAGCGUCAAAUUGUACGUAUACCUUCUGGAAAAGUCACGACUCGUGUGUCCACCGCGAUGUCAACGCAACUUCAACAUCUUCUACCUAAUGGCAGAGGGGAUGUCCUCUGAAGAAAAGAGCAGCCUGUUUCUCACUGAUGUCCUGGCACACAGGUACCUGCGCCAGAGUGGGGCAGGAGACAGGGCAGGAGACGUGGCGGCGGCAGGCGCCACCCACGGCAUGGACAAGCUGCUGGAGCUAAAGCAAGCCCUACAUGCACUGGACUUUAGCGACCUGGAAGUGGAAAACCUGUUUCGCAUUCUCUCUGCGGUGCUGCAUGUUGGGGACCUGGCCUUCGCCAGCCACGGCGACGCCGACACAGUGUUCGUGACCGACCCCUGCUUGCUGGAUCAAGUGUCAGCGAUGCUGCAGGUGCCCUCCCAGCACCUGGGGUCUGCCCUGACAUCUGACGUGAAGUAUCUGAAAGGUGAUGUCAUCAGCACCCGACACACAGUGGAAAUGGCCAAUUUUUACAGGGAUCUUCUGGCUACAUCUCUGUACAGCAAUAUAUUCAGCUUCCUGGCCAAUUGCCUCAGUUACUACCUGCAGGGUCAGGAAGAGGACAACAGGAGUCCGAAUCUUGAAAUUGGAAUUUUGGACAUUUUUGGAUUUGAAGAAUUCAAGAAAAAUGGCUUUGAACAGCUUUGCAUAAACAUGACCAAUGAGAGGAUCCACCAGUACAUCACUGAGACGCUUUUCAAGGAAGAGCACUUGGAGUGUCAACAGGAGGGUAUCACUAUGGAAACCAGCUACACACUUAGAGACCAGACCCCUGUUCUCAAUUUCUUCUUCCAGGAGCCCGAUGGUCUGCUCUCCGUUUUGGACUCGGAGAGCCGAGCUCUGCAGCCAGAAGAACAGAAUGCCUACCAGAAGCUGCAGGCCCAUCAGAUUUCAGUCAGUGCCGGUAGUGUAAUUAUGUCCGCUCAGGAUGGCAAUGGCAACCCCCCACUUGAGAACCAGGGGCCCAUCUUCUCCAUCAGGCAUUAUGCAGGCAAGACAACAUAUGACCUCUCGGGAUCAGUUGAGAAAAACAAGGACAAUCUCCCACGGAGUAUCCUUUUUGUGAUGAGAUCCAGCGAGAACGUACUUGUCCGUCAGGUGUUCCAGUGCAAACGGGCACACACCGGGCUGCUGCUUCCGCCUCACCGCUGCCUCGAGCCUGGCCAGACAAGGAUCUCACCUGCGACAGCCAUGGAAUCAAAGUACAGAGACAUCAGCAAGCUUCUGGAGAAGGAUGGCUCAGGCUCAAGCUCUUUGCUGCAGAGACUGGAGCAGUGUGGACCGGUGACGUUGGCAGUUCAGAUGAGGAAUUCCCUCUUCGAGAUUACCGACAAACUCAAGUGCUGCACCCCUCAUUUCAUCCAAUGCGUAAAGCCGAAUGGCUUGAAGCGGCCGGACUCCUUUGACAGCCUCCACGUGUCUGCGCAGCUGCAGCAUGUGGGUGUUCUGGAGAUGGUGAAGAUGAUCCGUUAUGGAUACCCUAUACGAUUGCCCUUCAUCAGCUUUCUGACCCGAUUCCGAGAUUUGGCUGCCAUGACUCUAAGAAGUGACAGACUUUAUUCUGUGGAGGAGAAAUGUCGCCAUGUUCUUCAGCAUAGCAAACUUCAGGGGUGGCAGAUGGGCUACAAUAAAGUGUUCCUGGGCUACUGGCAGGCUAAUCAGCUAGAUGAACAGUGUCACCAGCUCCAAAGAAAGAUUGUCAUCUGCCAGAAAGUGGUGCGGGGCUGGCUGGUGAGGAUGCACACGCAACCCAGGGUGCGAGUCCAGCAGAGGGAGGUCAGCAAAGUCCCUGGCUUCCCGCAGGCAACCGAAGACCUCGGCCAGCUGGCCUAUGACAGUCCGGUCAUCCAGACCGCUUCCAGCAUCCCUCGCGAGAGCGGCAACCUCCGCAAAAUGAUCCACAGCCCAGUGGGCAAGCAGGAGGAGGCACACAUAAGGGAUCCAAACAAGAAGGUCAGCGACGACGGCACCGAGAGGAGCCGCAUUCUCAAGAACUUCUGCUCCAGCCCGGUGCCCCUACCCCUGUCUGUGGAAAGCUUGGUACAUUCUGCCGCCGGGUUAUCAAUCAAGGCCCCCACCCAGCAGACGGAAGGGGGAGGAGGUGGCAGCGGCCUCUCAUCUCCACGGAAACAGCCUCCACCCAAACCAAAGAGGGAUCCUAACACCAGGCUGAGCACCUCCAUUGAUGCUGUCAGCGCCAGCCUGUCUGUCUGUCCCCAGAACACACUUGCUGAUGGUCAGUCCUCCCCAGUGGUAGAGCCCCUCACUUACUGAAACCCACUUUCAAAACCCCGACCUCAUAGUGACGACUACAGUGCAGUGAAGAAGGUCCCACCUCCCAAGCCUAUCAGGAGCCCCAACACCAAGCUCACAGGGUCCUUUGAAGAAAUCUCAGUUCCACGAGCCUCUGAGGUAAACCUGUCCAAAGCAACCCAGGGUCUGGGAGCCUCUGUCGACGGGCCACACCGCCUUUACCGCUCCCAGGAAGAGGAAAGUGUCUACAUUGAGAUGGUGGGGCACCCCAGGAUCACCUUUGUUCAAAAGCCAGGUGCCCUCGAGCCAGGUGAGGCUGUUUACGAGGAGAUGAAAUACCCCAAGUCAGAUGUGGGAGCCACAGAAAUGAAGAUUCUGCAGACCACAUCUGAGAUGUCAUCCCCCCCACCAAACAUGGAGACAAAUCAGGUUGCAACAGAUCAGGGCUCUGGGGCCUCACAGACCUACUGCAAGGGUGGGCCGUCUGAUGUUCCGUCUCCCUUCCCUAACCUGCUGCCUCAUCGACCACCACUUUUAGCAUUUCCUCUUCCCACUGUUCCCUACUCUUCUGCCUUAGAUGAGUCCCCUCUCACUCCACUGGAAGUGAAAAAGUUGCCUGUCCUGGAGACAAACCUGAAUUACUCAGGCCAAGCAGAGGGUGGUGCUCGACAGAGAUCGGACCCUUCCACCACCCCUGUCUCUAAACAGGACAGGUUAACUCCACCACUCUCACCAGCCCUUGGACUCCCCUCUCCAGCCAAGCUUCCUCCCCCUUACAAGAACCACUGUCACACCCCUUUUGCCUGUGAAACUAGUGUUCUUGUAGUAACGCGUGGCGUGUCAGUAGCCAACUCUACCAAAGGGUGUCAGAAAGCAUUUCAAGGUUCAUCGGAGGCCCCUCCAGCUACCGGAAGGCCCCCUUACUCCCCUGUGAAGAAGUCACACCCAGAUUCCCGGCAAUCACACUCCUGCUGCUCUUCCCCACUACUUUUCAACCCCAGCAAUGCUCGUCCCCUAUCCAGUCCCCUGGAUGAGCUCUCAACACUCAUCAGUGCUGGACGCAGCUUACUAAAGAAGUCAACCAAUGGGAGAAGAAUCCGAGAGUCAGGGUUCAACUCCAACAUUAACCACCCAGGCAGGCUGGAUUCAGGCACAACCUCCCCAUCUCCACGACUGCAGGACAAAAACGCCAACAAUCACCCCAUCGGAAGUCCCAUCUCCAUAGAAAAUGGCAACCAGCUCUCCAACGUUUUGCUGGAAGAUGAGGAUCAGUCCAACAUCAUAACAUCACUUCACAGGCAUUUGGACAGGCAUCCCAACCAGAGGGAUCAUCUGAACUUCUCACCUUUUGGCACAGAAGCCACUCUAUAAAAUGGGGUCACUCUCGGGAUGCUUCCAAAACUACGGGGAUGGGGUGAUCCAGCAGAUUGAAGCUGUCAUGGACUGAGAGCGCCGCCCUGCAGGAACUACUGAUGGUGCACUUAUAAUGAGUCUGAGGAGUAGGGUGACAGAAAACACAUCUUCUGCAGGAUGGAAAGUUUAACUGUGCCACAGAUCUUUUAAAACUGCUCAGCCCUGCAGCUUUACCUUAGAGGGCAUUGCUCACUGGAUCACACUCAUCCAUGCACUGUCAGACUUCUUCUUUCUCUUCCUCUUUUGAUUCUCUACUUCCCUGUUUCUUCGUUCCCCUUGUUGAGAUCACCGAGCAGAUGUGGAGUUCACCUGGAUUCUUUGUUAAGCAUAUCACAGGCCACAGUUCAGUAGUAAGAAACAACAAAAUUGGCCUUAUUCCUUGUGUGUAGGGUAACUAGAGCUGAGGACUUUAAGUAGAGUAUGUGUGAAAGCUUUGUGCUCUGCCACCCUUCUUUUCACGCAUUGCACUCCUAUAGAUAUUCUCCUCUGGUGCUGCCCAAUAUUAAUGGGCAACAUUCAUCUCUGAAUAUUUCAGGUAAGCAAAUUUAUUUUAUAGGUGCUUCCCAAAUAUGGAGAGAGAAAUGUAGGUUCCCGCAAUAGACACACUUGUUUCUUACCAAGAACAAACUUCAAAAGAGCUUCACUUCAACUUUAAAUAAGCUGAAAGAAACCAUCUGGCGUAGAACUGUUGCUGGCUUCAAGUUUCUGUGACAGUCUCCCUCUUACCAAAGGGUGACCAGCUUAUUUAGUAGGUGUGUUGAUACAAUCAACAAAUACAUAUACGUAAUAUAAGACCAUAAAGAUACAUGUAAAAGUCAUGUGCAUGCCAUUCUAUGCUUCAUAAGGGGAAAGUCCUUAAUCUAGGUGGUCUUUUAUGUCACCUCAAAUCACCCGAUUCAGAAGGAUUUGAGGGACUCGAUAAUUAGUGAUAAUUGAGUGAGUCUCUUAACGGGAUUUUUGUCUGAAUGUUCUGUGUGAAGAGAGGGAAACGGGUGAUUUAAGGUGAGAAAUAAGACUAGCAGGCUGGGGCUCUCCAGGACACAUUCAGUAGAAGGCCUUUAAGAAGGUCAGCUCCCCACAGAUAUCUGGUCGUGGUGUUCUGUACAGCUCUUCAGAGAGGAGCACAUCUCGGGCUCCACUAUUUGAUGUUUUACUUGGAUUCCCAAUUCACAUACGCUGGGAUCACAUCUGUAAUGUCCUUGAUGUCCUCCUACCUAACAUCUUUAGAAGACCGAACAGCAGGGUGAAGUACCUGCGCGUUACUUUCCACUGAAAUGGUGGAAAUUAGUGUGCUUCUCUCUGGUCUACUGAGACAAUAAAUGAAUAAUAGCAAUGAAUAAAGUAAAUAUGUUUAGCUAUAUAUUUUACCGUUUUUCCUGUAAUAGUUGAGCUAGUGAACGACAACAAGGUUUUACCUUAUGUUCUUCCUAUUAUACCUAGUGGAGAACCCUUGAAAACAAUGGUAACAAGUCCAUUUGGGCAAAUGGUGCUAAACACACAUAGUGGCUGAACAGCCGUAUUUACUCAGUUUUGCUAUUUGUCUAACUGACAUGUAUGAAUCUAUUUUCUCUAUCUUAGCUAAGUGUUUGUGUGCUUUAAAGGUGAAAUCUGUGGUCUAAUCAGGGACAAAACAGACUUAAGUUUGGUCUGUCUUCAGUCUGUAUGCUGUACUUGGGGAGUGAAUGGGUUGAUCUCACAUAGCUUGAAAAGCAUGAAAAAUGCUCAGCUGAGUGACCGAAUGACAAUUUUGUCUUAUUUAUUGUUUUAGCGUUUUUAUUUAUUUAUGUUUUAUUUAUGUUUCACAAGAAAUGGCCUGAGGUCAUUAACCCACAACGAGCUUUAAGAAAAAAGCAAUAUUAGUGAUACUUAUGGCCUGUUUACUGGUUAUAGUGUCAUACCCUGCCAGUUGGGGAAUAUUGGUCAUAACUUUCUCCAUAGCACUUUGCACAGGUUCAUUGUGCUAUGAAGUUAACUAAAAUAAACUGAUAUUAGAAAGACUGUUAUUACAGUAAGUAAAAUGCAGUUGAUUUUUUGAAUAUACAGUAUUUUCUCCCAGGCUCUGUCAGGAAGACGUGUAGCUGCAUCAUUUAAUUACUCUGUGACACAUGAUGUUUAACUUAUUAACCCUUAAAAAGCCAUAAUUUGUGGUUUUAUACAAAUUGUGUUGCGGUAUGGUUGAAUAAUAAUUUGUUAAACUCUUGAUGGCAUUUUUUCCAAGUUUGGUAUCCAGUUUGGUAACCAGAUCAAGGACAGUUUUGAUUUGGUCAAAGUGACUCAGAUGUUUAUCUGAUGAGUAGCAACAGGGGUUUUUCAAAACACCACUGCCAAAAAAAAAUCAUGACUUAACCUUUUUUAGUUGCCAUACAUAAGAUGCCCCUUAACAUGAGAGGGCCGCUAAUAUGCCAUUUAAAUAAUGAGCGAAACAGCAUUCCAUAUGGGAUGAAGUCUUCAUUCAUAUGUAUACAGAAUUUAUUUUGGACUAACUUGUGUGUGCUGAACCAUCUAGAGGCUGCUCAUUUUCUUAGUACAGCUCUUCACAAAGCAGAGCUGUGUGGACCCGACACACACCAUGUUUCCACAUGCUCGAUCGAUGGCUUAUACUGCUCCACAGAAAGAAAACCUGUGAAACACUCAGUGUUAGACAUGAUCCUGCAACCAGCACAUGAGACUGCUUUCUCCCUGUUUACAGACCUACAGUUUAGCCAGUGUUGUGUGUUAAUUUGUUUAUUGCAUAAUUUUAAUAGUUCAGAAAAACAUUCCCACAGAAGCAGAAAUAUUUGUUCCAGUUGUAAUGAUGAACCCUGCCGUUAUGGUACUGCAUGAUCAUAUCAGCUGAAAUCUGUAGGUCAUUGUGCUCAGGUUCUCCUGGUGCUGUUUUGCUGUGGCUAUUUUAUUUUAUUUAUUUUUGUUAUCUUUUUAUUUUAUUUUGGUGCUCAAGUGUCCCUCUGCUGUAUAAUCCCCAUCACCCCCGCCACCCUGUGUCUGGUUACCCACAGGGUCUUCUCCCCGAAAGAAACUCCUCAUAAGGGGAGCGCUCUUCAGGACAAACCUCCUUCACAUUAGUGCUUCUUGUACUACCUAAAACAUCAGUGUAAUAACAAACUUCUUUGGAAGAACUUAUCAGUUGUGUUUUGCUGUUUUCCUUUGCAUUCAUCCAUUGAUUUUAUUUAUUUAUUUAUU